GUUCUCGUGUAGCAUCUCUUGCAUGCCGUGCUGCUCAGUUACCAUUAGUAGAGGGAGUAAUAUAUGAUGCAAUACAUUGUCAAUUCCUUGCUCGUUAUUAUGAAUCCAAAGAAAGCAAGAAAACAAUCACAAAAAGAUUUCCUCUUAGACGUUGGGGCUUUUUUAAAUCAUUUAGAUUUGCAUGCGAUGCUGUACAACAAGCAUAUAAACCAGGAAUCUUUUAUGACGGAGAAAUUACUAAUAUUAUUGACACACAACGAGUGUCUCCUUCUGCUAACCAACAAGGAGGAGGAGGAGGAGGAGGAUCAUCAUCAUCAUCCUCUCAUGGUGUAUGCAUCAGCUCAACAGGACAACAACAACAACAACAACAACAACCAUCAACAGCAGGAGGAGGAGGAGGAGGAUCAGGAGGAUCAGGAGGAGGAGGAGGAGGAUCAGGAGGAUCAGGAGGAGGAGGAGGAAUAAAUAAUAAUAAUAAUAAUAAUAAUAAUAAUAAUAAUAAUAAUAAUAAUAAUAAUAAUAAUACAGAGUAUUAUAUAUUAUCUGAUUACCCUGAGAUAAAUUUACCAUUAAUAAAAGGAGUAAGUAGGGAUAAGAAGAGUAAGAGAUGGGCAGUAUAUUAUAAGGGACAAAGACAUUAUUUUUAUGAUAAAAAUUAUGGUGGAUGUAUACAUUCAUAUAAUUUAGCUGUACAUCUAAGGAGACAGCAAGUAGAGGAGAUAGAGAUUAUUCAGGUGUAUGAUGAUCUAUUACAUCACCAUCAUCAGCAUCAUCAGCAGCAGCAGCAGCAGCAGCAGCAGCAGCAACAGCAACAUUAUUAUUCUUAUAAUAAAGGAUUCAAUGUUGGAUAUUGUCUGCGUAUUGUUGUUGCUGUUAUGUUAUAUGAUCUGUCUAUACACCUCAGAAAAAUACAUGUACAACAACAAUUAGGUCUAUAUUCUGCUGCUGCUGCUGAUGCUAAUGCUGCUAAUGCUAGUGCUGCUAGUGCUGCUGCUAAUGCUGCUGCUGAUUCAUUAUAUGCACAUGCUGCUGCUGCUAUACAUGCACCAGGUACUAAUGCUGUAUUAGAUCAUGUCUUGCUGCUAAGAAAUUGUAUUAAGCAACAGAUAUUACCAUCACAGCUCAGCAGCAAAGAUUUGCUGCUGCUGCUGCAGCAGCUGCUGCUGCUGCAAAUCAAUUCUGUUAAGGAUCUACUACUUAAGACCAGUCUAUGGAAAACUAUUGUUUCUCAGCAGCAGCAACAGCAGCAACAGCAGCAGCAACAACAACAACAACAACAGCAGCAACAAGCAGGAGCAGCAGGUGCUGGUGCUGGUGCUGGUGCUGGUUGUGGUGGUGGUGGUCAAGGGCAGCAAACAGGGGAGCAACAGCAGCUACAGCAACAGCAGCAGCAACAGCAACAGCAACAGCAGCAGCAACAGCAACAGCAACAGCAACAUCAGCAGCAGCAACAGCAACAUCAGCAGCAGCAGCAGAAUGAGGAUAUGCAACAAGAAAGGAUGCAACAAGAAGAAGAAGAUAUGCAACAAGAAACCAUGCAACAAGAAGAGGAUGUACAUAUGCAAGAGGAGGAACCACAGCAGCAACAGCAGCAGCAGCAGCAGCAGAUUAGUACUGCUGCUGCUGCUGCUGCUGCUGCUGUUAGUAGUAUAAGUGGUGGAGAUAUUCAACCGAAUAAAACAGCAGCAGACAUAACAGCAAAUCCUGCUGCUGCUGCUGCUGCUGCUGCAACAACAGAAGCAGUUGCUGCUGGUGCUGCUGCAGCAAAUGAUGAUGAGACACCUAUGUGUACAGACACCUAA